UGCUACUUUCGUGUGCCACUGCACUGGCUUAAGUGUCAGUGUCCCCACCUUCCUCUGGUCUCAGCUAGAGAGGAAAAAAGCUACGGGCAGCUAGGACUUGCCAGCCAUGGCUUCGCCGGCGCCGGCUGCCGGUGCCGUCUAUGUAGGCAAUGGCGACCUCAUGGACCCGCUUCUAGUGAGCGCGAACGGCCAUGGCGCCGCCGCGAAGAAGGCCGGCCAUGGCGCCAAGGGCAAGUACUGGGUGGCCGCCGACAAGGCGGAGCGGCGGGCGGCGAAGGAGUCCGGCGGUGAGGACGGCCGGGCGCUGCUGUUCCGGAACUACAAGGUCAAGGGCUCCCUCCUGUACCCGUACAGGGCGCUGAUCGUCAUACGCGUAAUCGCCGUCCUCCUCUUCUUUGUGUGGCGCAUCAGGCACAACAAGUCCGACAUCAUGUGGUUCUGGACGAUGUCCGUCGUCGGCGACGUCUGGUUCGGCUUCUCGUGGCUCCUCAACCAGCUGCCGAAGUUCAACCCCGUCAAGACCAUCCCCGACCUUGUCGCCCUCAAGCGGCACUACGACCUCCCCGACGGCACCUCCAGACUCCCCGGCAUCGACGUCUUCGUCACCACUGCCGACCCCAUCGACGAGCCCGUACUCUACACCAUGAACUGCGUCCUCUCCAUCCUCGCCGUCGACUACCCGGUCGACAGACUCGCCUGCUAUCUCUCGGACGACAGUGGGGCGCUGAUGCUCUACGAGGCGUUGGUCGAGGUUGGAAAGUUCGCGCCUCUAUGGGUUCCGUUCUGCCGCAAGUACAGCAUUGAGCCAAGGGCACCAGAAAGCUAUUUUGAGCAUGUGGCACCGCCACAGGCUGGAAGAGCAACGCAGGAGUUCUUGAAUGAUUAUAGGAGGGUGCAGAUGGAGUAUGAUGAGUUCAAGGUGCGCUUGGACAAGAUCGGUGAUACCAUCUGCAAGAGGUCUGAUGUUCACGACAGCAUCAGAUCUGCAGAAGGGGAUCAAAAGGCGACUUGGAUGGCAAAUGGGACGCAAUGGCCAGGCACAUGGAUUGAUCCAACAGAAAACCAUAGAAAAGGACACCAUGCUGGAAUUGCCAAGGUUGUGUUGGAACAUCCAAGCCGUGGGCAACAUUAUGGUUCACAACCAAAUGAUGAAAACAAUCCCAGCAUUGGUGCCACUGAUGAGCGCCUACCAAUGCUUGUCUAUGUCUCUCGUGAGAAGAACCCAAGCUAUGACCACAACAAGAAGGCAGGUGCCUUGAACGCACAACUGCGGGCCUCUGCUCUCCUCUCUAAUGGGCAGCUCAUCAUCAACUUUGACUGCGACCACUACAUCAACAAUUCCCAGGCCCUACGUGCGGCCGUUUGCUUCAUGCUUGAUCAGCGGGAAGGUGACAAUACUGCCUUCGUUCAGUUCCCACAACGCUUUGACAAUGUUGAUCCGACGGACCGCUAUGGAAACCACAAUCGGGUCUUCUUUGAUGGAACCAUGCUUGCCCUUAACGGCUUGCAAGGGCCCUCAUACCUCGGCACUGGUUGCAUGUUCCGUCGCUUAGCACUCUAUGGUAUUGACCCACCUCAUUGCAGACCAGAUAACAUCACCGCCGAAGCUAGCAAGUUUGGUAAUUCCACACUCUUCCUAGACUCAGUGUCUAAAGCCCUCAAGCAAGAAAGGUCAACCGCACCACCUCCACUUGAUGACACAUUUCUUGCAGAGUUAGAGAGGGUUGUGUCGUGUGCUUUUGACAAAGGGACGGACUGGGGCAAGGGUGUAGGGUACAUCUAUGACAUAGCCACAGAAGACAUAGUGACAGGCUUUCGCAUCCACGGGCAGGGGUGGCGUUCCAUGUACUGUACAAUGGAGCAUGACGCGUUCUGUGGCACUGCACCAAUCAACCUCACUGAGCGCCUCCAUCAAAUUGUCCGUUGGUCAGGCGGAUCUCUGGAGAUGUUCUUCUCCCACAACAAUCCACUCAUCGGCGGCCGUCGAAUUUGGCCCCUCCAGCGUGUCUCCUACCUCAACAUGACGGUCUACCCAGUGACAUCAGUCUUCAUCCUGAUAUAUGCUCUUAGCCCGGUGAUGUGGCUUAUCCCUGAUGAAGUCUACAUCCAGAGACCAUUCACUAGGUAUGUCGUGUACCUUCUCGUAAUCAUCGUGAUGAUUCACAUGAUUGGCUGGCUCGAGAUAAAGUGGGCUGGGGUCACAUGGCUGGACUACUGGCGCAAUGAGCAGUUCUUCAUGAUCGGCUCCACAAGCGCAUACCCGGCGGCAGUGCUGCACAUGGCGGUGAACCUCCUCACAAAGAAGGGCAUACACUUCAGGGUCACUUCCAAGCAAACUACUGCUGACAGCAACGACAAGUUCGCCGACUUGUAUGAUUUUCGAUGGGUGCCAAUGCUCAUCCCGACGGUGGUAGUUCUAAUUUUCAAUGUUGGUGCCAUUGGUGUGGCCCUGGGCAAAACAGUGGUAUACAUGGGAAUAUGGACAGCGGCGCAGAAGAGGCAUGCAGCUAUGGGUCUGCUGUUCAACAUAUGGGUCAUGUUUCUCCUCUACCCGUUUGCACUAGCGAUCAUGGGACGGUGGGCGAAGAGGCCGGUCAUCCUUGUAGUCUUGUUGCCGGUUGUCUUUGUACUUGUUGCCCUGUUGUAUGUAGGUCUCCAUAUCUUACUUGCCAAUGUUAUUCCUUUCUAGGUGGUAGGUAGAGUAAAAACAUUGUAAUUUCUUGUGUAGUUACCAAGGAACCAAUUAUGUUCCAUUGUGUCAAAUAAAACACUGUAUUCUUACUUGGUAAUAAUAAAGAAUGGUUCUAACUAAGUUCAGACCAU